AUGGGUUCAGGGCAGUCCUCGCAAGCCCAGCAAGCUCCUCCUCCAGAAUGUCCAAAGCAUGCUGACCACGGCACAGUAUUUAUGUCUGAAGCUGAAAGAAUAAAACAUGCCCGUAGAUCAAUGGCUUCCGCAGGAGGAGAAUGCCCGCAGUCGGCUACGGCUGGAGGGUGUCCCGUCGGUGCCGAAGGAAUCAGUCCUUUGAAUAAUGAACUAGAGCAUCCAAAUCAGAAGCCGGCGCCUGAUCAACCAUUUCCCUUACCAUUGAAACGCGAAAAGUCAACGAUACCUAAAGCGGGAACAAACGAUACUUGGACGUACCCUAGUCCGCAAAUGUUUUGGAAUGCAAUGCUCAAAAAGGGAUGGCGAUGGCAAGAUGACCAGCUCACUGAGAAAGACAUGGAGAAUAUUAUCUUAAUACAUAACGCCAAUAAUGAAGAGGCAUGGCGAGAGGUGCAAUACGUUAUCGAUUAUUACGACGGCGGUUCUGUAGAUCCUCGUUCGAAACUUUUCACGAUUUUGGAUGUUAGACCGGCAGUCAAUGAUCUCGGAAAUAUUUGGGAUAGAAUGGUCGUAGCGUACUGGCGUUUCAAAUUUGACGUUCUGGGUAUGACACCGAAAUUGCCUAUUCCACCAACGGAAGAUGAUGUUCACGUCAGGCAGUGA